AUGGAGGACUUGUACAGCAUUGCUUUCCCAUCAAAUCAGAGCUGUGUCAGAGAUAUUCACGCCGUGCUGGCCGCUCAGACAAAUGCAAGAGCUUUACUGCAGAAAUAUGACUGCAGGGAAUUGCAAGAACCGCUUAGUCUGACCACCUGUAGCUUGUUGUUCAGUGGUGAAGAACACAGCCUCACUGUGGAUUCACCUCCAGGCAUCAUCAGACAAAUGAGGAACAUCUUGGAUCCCAACAUAAUAAUUCUUGCACACUUUGACUCAUGUUUGCCCCUGGACUACAGAGUUGUUCAUCAGAUUGUGAGAGAGCUGACUGUGGGAAUUCAUGGUUUUUACCAGGUUCCAGUUAUCACUCUUGUACCCAACUAUGACCAGAGCUCCACGUGCCAGUUACCACCAGCAUAUUAUGAUACAAAAGUUGGGCAGAUUCUAAUAAACAUAGAUUACACAAUAAAAUCUCUCUGGCAUGGGAGUUGCACUUCUAGAGAGAAACGGCGCUUCUCAGAGUUAUGGAGAACCAUCUAUCUAUCUAUCGAUCGAUCUGACCAGGUUUCAUGGACAUAUGAUCCAUGUUAUCAGGGCAUUUAUCAGGAGGACAUUGAUGUAGACCCAACCUAUGAGCCCAACAGUGCAGAAGAGUAGAACCUCUUCUCACAAUACUCAGAGAACAUCCUGAUUAAGUUGAGCGCCUACCUCACCUCUGUCCACCAGCACCAAAAUUUGUUUGUGUUUGACGGGACUCAUAACCUUUCCAAUGUGGUUAGACUCACAGACGAAAUUGAUCUAGCCACCCACCAGAGGCUGCAGAAAAGACUGGCUGGCCAUAUUAAACUAGCGAGAAAGCACCUUGGGAGGAGUGCUGAAGUCUCCAGAGAUCUUGCUUACCUGAAACUCAUCACUUUCCUGGUGCCCCUAAUUGAUUCCUAAUCUGUUGCAGUGCUCCCACCUUUAUCAGAGGACAAGCUGAAAACAGAGCAAGAACUACCUCCACAUCUUCUCGGACCAGAAUUUGCUUGCAAAAAUUUUCCAUACCAGCAGGAUCAAUAUUUUCAUCUUCAUGGAGGGAUAGAAUUUGAUGUAGGGACUCCUGCCCUGGAUGACGUCACUGAGGAAAUGAAGUUUGUGCAAGUCACUCAUGACAAUUAUGACAACAUGGACCGGUAUAAGGAUAAAUAUUUGAGGGAAGGGAAGAGACUGCCCUUGACGGACAUCGAGCUACACGAGCAGUUUAAGAAAACAUUUGGUUACACAAAAGCUAUUAAGCGCAAGAAUGUGCCAUUUGGACUGAAGGCAAUUGCAGAGAGAGGACUCUGCUCAACGUUUCUAUCUCAAAGUCGCAAGAACUCUCCCUCUCAUCUGCAUGUCCUGGAUGAGCAGGGACACUCUCUUCUCCAUCAUGCCAAUAACCAAUCGCACAUCAUCAUCCAGUUAGCCAGUGAAAGAUUAAUCAGCAAAUGUUAAUAAGCAAAUAUUAUGAGGUUCACUUCUUCUACUGUUAGUUAAAAAUCCAGUGCUGGAAAUCAGUUCAUAGAAGGAACUGGCCUCACACCAGUGUACCUUGCUGUGCAGUGCGGCUCCCUUGAGUCUCUAAACUGCCUUCUAGCACAGCGAGCGGACUACAAACUUGUGGACAAGAGAGGCUGGAUGGCCAUUCAUUUUGCAGCCUUUUAUGGCCAGAUGGCAUGUAUCCAAGCACUAUACAAGAAAGACUCUACAUUACUGGAAAUGAAGACCACUGCUGAGUAUCAAAGUUCACCACUGCUUUUGUCAGCAACUUUGGGUUCAGUGAAGGCUCUAGGUGUCCUGUUGUCCAUUAGGGAAAACUGGAGAGAAGAAGACAGCAAGGGCAAUAACACUGUCCAGCUGGCAGCACUUUACUUCCACACUGAUGUCCUUAGACACCUCAUUCAGCUCAACCUGGACGGCCUUCCUGUGUGGAAGAUUCUUGUUGAUGGUUCAAAGCGAGGUCUCCAGGCAGUUAGAUGGCCCUCAGGUGCCUUGAGGCUCUUUAGUGAGGAUGUCAUGGAAGCAGGUAUUCCCGUCCUAGUGCACCUCCUUUGUGCAUACAGUCAGAUGGUUUGGUGCAUGGUUGCAUCUGUGCUCUGUCACAUGACAGUGAAUGCGAAAGUUUGCGAAGAUCUGGUACAUUAUGAUGCAGUACCGUUGGUGAUAAAGCUCCUCUGCAGCCAACAGCCAGAGCUGCUCUCUCGCUGUGCUGUGAUACGGGACCUGGCAGGACAAAACGAGCAGUACCAAACCCUUAUUGCUCAACUGGGUGGGGUGGCCCUGGUAGUGAAGUUACUGACCUCUGACUUCCAAGAUGUGCUAGUAAAUGCCAUCAGGUGCAUCUGUGCACUAUGCGUGAGAAGUCCAUGCAACCAAACUGCUGUUGCACAUGCCAGAGGAAUUCCAUAUCUCGUGGAAUUUCUGUCUGUUAGCUCUGGUACUGAGGAGGAAGUGGCCUGCUUGGCCCUGGCAGAGUUGGCCCGAGGUCACAGGGAGAACAAGCUUAUUUGUGAAGCAGGAGCGCUCAGUGCUCUAGUGCAAACCCUGCAAAAGAGGAAAAAAUCUGUUCAGGUCAAAGCAGCCAAAGAGCUUGAAUCUAUAACCAGCCAAAAUCCUGCCAUACAGCAAUCCUUCCUCAGUCAGUCAGCUGCCAGAUAUCUUUUAUAACUUUUAAAUUUAUUCCAAGUGGAUGUGCGGGAACAGGGCGCAAUGUCUCUUUGGAUCCUGGCUGGAGAAGCUCUGAAGCAGCAGAAACUGAUGGCAGAGCAGAUGGGCUACCCUCUCAUCCUUGACCUUCUUCUGUCCUCUUCAGACAAAAUGCAAUAUGUUGGGUGCCGAGCAAUGAUCGCUCUAAGCCGAGACAGUAGUACCCAUCAGGAUGGCUUUUGCAGGGAGAAAGGAGUACCACCUUUGUUGUGUUUGCUUCGAGGGUCUCGAACAAUACAGAAGACCCUACUUGGUGUCAUCAAAGCCCUGGGUUUUUUGUGCAUUGGAGUGGCACUCACUGCACAUAAAAAUAGUCAAAAGAUUAUUUACCAAGAAAAGGCUGUUUCUACAUUAUUAGAGCUUUUAAAAUCACAUGAAUCUCUGCAAGUCAAAGUGCAGGUGGCUCAAACACUUGCCUGUGUGCUGUUGACGAACCAAAAACUCCGGAGAGAAUUUUGGGAACAAGUGGACUUCCCUUAUGAGAUUGUUCUGGAGCUUAUGAGAGUAGAAGUCAAAGCAAUUCACAUUUAGAUUUACAGCAACCACUUUAAACUUGCUCUUCAUGCUCUUCCAUGGUCAUCUUUUGACAGCACAAACAGACUGAAUAAUUGACUAGCAUUUGUUCUUCAAAAUCCAAUGAGUAUAUUUGAGAGCUUUUUGAACUCCAACAAUGAGACUGAAAUAGCAAAAGCUGCAUUUCAGAUAGUACAUUGUUGUGUUAAAGUGGUUUCAGGAUAAGAUGAGAUGACGACUGCAAGGGGCAUUACCGUUCUUGUUGAAUUAUUACAGUCUGAUCGAUCCACCACUGUGGUCAUUACAGCACAACUACUUGCUAAUCUGGCUCACACAAGAGCAGGUAUUACUGAUGCUAUUGUCACCAUGGACACUAUCGAGCAUCUGUCUGUUCAUUUGAAUUCAGAGGAUGAAGAGGUCAUUUCAGCUUGUGCAAGUGCUCUGGGUUACCUUACCUUCAGUUGUCAUGCUCAUCGCCAGCUUAUGGCGAAAUGCAGUACCCCUCAAGUAUAUGAUCUCCUAAUGGAGAAUCUAUCUAAAGAUGCCAGAAUCUCACAGUUCUUUGUGGCAGAGUUCGAAAGACAGCGAAGAGUAGGGUUUCCGUCCCUCAGUUUGGAGAUGAAUGGUGGCCCUGCUGUGCCCCACUGUGAUAAUGAAGGUAUAGUAAAUCAGUUGAUUAGUGAAUGAUAGAGCAAU